UAGCGCGACUGACCGCGAAAGACGCAGCAGCAGUGCUGCACUGAGCCCUCUGCACUCUAUAGCGGGGACGCGCGAGUGCCCGAGUACAUGUUCCUCGGUGUCGUUCUCAAGUGUGUAUGUAAUCUCCUCCUUGGAUAAAUCUAUGUGUGUGUGAGACUCUAGCCGUGAUUUACGGUGCCAAAAGUGCGCGGGAGGACUUUGAUCGCGAGUGAACGAUCGACGCUCUAUACAUAAUUAGUGGCUGGUACUUAACUUACCUGCCGAUGCUCUCUUUCGCUCUCAGCGUCGGGUCGAAGGGACGACAGUUCUUAUAGUGUGUCCUUUGUUAAUUCGAUCCUUCCGACAAACGGCAAGUGCACCGCCGCCCGUUGCUGCAGUAGGUGUGUCAUCGUCGUCGUCGUCGUCGUCGCUACAGCGAGAGAUCCGCAGGAGCGUCGGAGCGGAGCCAAUUAUAAAGCAAACCUAGCGGAGUGAAGAAGAGCGCGGAUGCCGAAAUAAAAGAUGGCCGGAUAAUCGAUUGGGCCGUCGAUAUGCGCUGCUGCAGCGGAGAUACGACUACCACCACCAGCAGCAGCUACUCGGAUGCAUCGGGAUUGAAUGCAGAGGAGUAGUAGCAGCGGGCAAAGUCGUCGACGUCGAGUAUAUAGUGAGCGGAUGUUGUUUUUUGUGUGGUGCUAUACAGUGCUGUGAGUGGAAAUUGAAAAUUCAUAGAGAGAGAGAGAGAGAGAUAGGAGAGGACGUUUCUUCGGUGCGCUGCUCUCUCGAGUGCUUUCAGGGGAUUGAGCUUCUCUAUCUACGGUCAUCGUCAAGGUGUGAUGAAGCUACGCAGAAACGACGCCAACUAUGAGUUGAGGCCGCACAACUAAUUGGGACUGGCAUGGAGAAGGAGAGCUCCGCGACGGGCGGCGGAGGUGGAAGCAGCGGAGGUGGCGGCGAGGCGACGGUCACGCCGGGCGCCACCUCCACCCCUGACCAUCUCCAGGCGGAUCAGGCCAACUCCUUGCUGGAUCCCACCGCCCUGUUCAGUGCUUACUGGCCGCGCGGCGACAGCGCCGCUUCCUCGCUGUUCGGCGGGAUGCCCACCGGCUACGGCCUCGGGGCCCACCACCUGCCCUCGGCCUACGCGAUACUGGGUCGCGGGGCCGGUGGUCACGCCGGAGGUCCAGGCGGCUUCGGCGCAGGUCCCUCGGCAAGUUCGGCGGGUCCGCCGCCUCCACCCUACUCCCAUGGCAGCCUGGGGACGCUGGGCGUCGCCGCGAGCCAGGCGGCGAGUCUCGGCAUCAAUUCGGCCUGGUGGACCAUGGCCACGCAUCUGGCCACCCAGGACUACAUCGCCAGGCUCCAGGGCGCCGCAGCCGCUGGACUGCCCGGCUUCCCCCCGGGGGCCGAGAGCCUCCUGCCGCCGUAUCCACCGGCGCUGCUCAACCAGCCCUCGCCGUCGCACUCGUCGCACAAGUCCAGCAAGUCAAAGUCAAGCAAAAGUCACAAGGCCUCGAACAGCUCGAGCUCGAGUCACGCCAGCGCAGCGGCUCACGUCUCGAGUCAGCAGCAGCAGCAGCAGCAGCAGCAGCAGGCCCAGCAACAUGCUCAGCAAGCGCAACAGCAUCGGGAGCAACAUCAGCGGGAGCAACAGCAGCAGCGGGAACAGCAGCAGCAGCAACAAUCGUCCUCGAGCUCGCAUCACAACACUAGUACCUCAUUAACGAGCACCAGUCAAUCAUCCAAUUCACAGCAGAACGUCGUCAGUCCCGCUAAGGAUACAAGCGAUCCGAGCAGCAUACUGGGCGGCGUGAGGUUACCGCCGGACACGGAGAUCAUCAAGUACACGUCGAGCAUAGUCGGCCCGAAGGUCCCCGGCACGACGAACCGCGGCAGGAAGAAGACGAUAUCCCUCGACUCGCCAUCGGUCAGCGUGCACGGACCCGGGACUACUGGACUCUCGACGCACCAGACCAACAGCGCGGCCGCCUCGGCGGCUGCCCUCAUGAUGGAACCCACCAGCAAGUACAGUCGUUCGAGGUAUAACAACCAUCGAUUGCAGAACGACAGUGGCAACGACUACAGGGACUCGGUGGACCGGGUGGAGGUGAUCAAGCUACCGGCGCACUCGACCAAUGGCUCGCUACUCUCGGCGCCGCCGACCUACACGACGAGCAACUCGGCCGACGCGGACGCGCCGCUCAACCUGUCUCUCAAACCCUCCACGGCGAGCAGUGGAUCGCCCCUCACUAGCAGCCAACCGCUCAGCCAGCUCAGUAAUCUCAGCCAGUCGUUACUCGCGUCCGACAGAACCUCAGUAAACAGAAGAAUACACAAACACACGUUUAACAAAGACGACAACGUUUCAGCGCGUCGUAAGCCCGGGCCGAAGCCAAGGCGAGUGCCGCAGAACUCGGUGCCUGUGCCGGCGAGUCCGAAUCCCUCGCUGGCGCAGCUGUUCGCAGCGGCAGACUCGCCCCAGAGGCCGAGCAGUGGCAGCGAGGAGAGCGAGAGCGCAGCUGGCAACGCGACCCACCACAAGGACCGUCCGCGCAAUCUCGGCCGCGGUGUUUCCAAGCCCAAGAAGAACACCGUGGCCUCGCUUCUAGCGCAAAGUAGGGCACUGGGCAUCAAGCCCACGCCUGCACUCGACCCCAACGUGCCGCUCUCGCACCAGGUCUCGCUGCUGAGGUCGAACAUACUCGCGGCGCAACUGCACGCCUCGACGCUCAGUCACCACGACGACAAGCAUCAGUAUGCUUUACAGCGCUCGUUGCAGGAGAAAAUGAAGAACAAGUUUAUGGAAGCUUCUGGCGAGGAGAGCAACAUGGAUGUGACGAGCGAGAGCGGCAGUAAUACAGACGUCCUGAGCGACACGGACGACGACAACGCCGACGGUACGCCCAGCGCGAAGAAGCGCAAGAUGAACCACAGCGACAAGGAUCUGCAGCUGCCGCUCGAGCGCGGCUGGAAACGGGAGACCGUGAUCAAAGGCCUCGGCAAGACCGGUAUCAUCAAGGGCGACGUCUCUUACUACAGUCCAUGUGGAAAAAUCUUCAGGAGCAGCUCGGAACUGUUGAAGUUCCUGGAGAUGCAGAAUCCUGCGGAGCUGACGACGGCAAAUUUCUCGUUCUCGUCGCGACCUUUGGUAGGUGAAUUUCUGCAGCCGACAAUGGGCCUAGCGGAGGCCGAGUUCGUGAGGCUGGGUGCUCAGGAAGUGGCGAGGAGACUCGAGGAGCUCAGAGCAGCUGGUGGCUUCCGGGACAUCAGGAUGAACAACCAGUACGAAAGAGAUAAACUUGCCUACGCCAAGAAAUUGGCCAAAGAAGAGGCGCAGCGACACAAGGAACAGGCCAGAUUGAUAAAGGAGCAAGAGAAGAACGAGAGACAGGAGGCUGUGCGAAGGGAACGUGAACUUCGAAAUCAGCAGCUACUCGAGGGUCGUAAGCGGCUCGCAUUCACAAUCAAACAGAAGAUGAAGAUCAUACAAGAAAUCGAGCGCGGCAAGAGCAAGAGCGACGUGGCGCGAGAGCUCGGACUCGCCAGCAGCACCGUUGCCACAAUCUGGAAGAACCGUGAGAGCAUCGCCGAGAGCUGGCGCAACCGCGACAUGAUGCACUCGGAGCUCGACGUCGAGACCGCCAAGAAGAUCAUCUCCCAGGCACCCGCCAACGCACAUCAUCAUCACCAUCAUCAUCACAUUAUGCAGCCGCUGCCGCUCGUCUCGCCCCAGCAACAGCAGCCGAGUCAGCAGCAGACACCGGCGGCGCUAACAACGCCCAUGACCCUGACGACGACGAAGCUGAGCACGACCUCGGCUAGCGAGCCGAGCGUCGUGCCCUCGGCCCACCAGCCGGACCACCUGCAGCAGGCCCAGAGCCAGACGCAAAGUCAGGAACUGCUGGAGGCGCGGAAAAAACGUCAGGAGGAGGUCGAAAAGAUCCGAAUGGAGGAGCAGCAGCGCAAGCAACAGGAACGGGAACUCAAACGGCAGCAGGCGGUCAUACUGAAGGAACAGAUGUACAUGCAGGAGCUCACCAAGCAGCGCGAGAUGCUCUACACCGUCGAGCUGGAGAGAGAAAGAAGACGACAGCACAUGGCGUUGAUCCGGGCGUUGGAGAACCGUCGCAAGAUGGAGGAGAGGGAGAAGAAACGCCUGGAAGCCAGAGCCGAGAGGAUCGCCUCAAAGGAGAGGAGAGCCGAGCAGAGGAGGAUGGAACUCGAGCUGGUGGAGCAGAUCAGAAAACCCGUCGAGGAUAUGGAACUGACGGACCACAAGCCGCUGCCUGAGAUCAAGAGGAUGUCCGGCUUGAAACUGUCCGGUCAAGCCUUCGCGGAUAUCGUCAUGGUUUUCGAGUUCUUGCACAACUUUGGGGAGACGCUCGGUUUUGAUAUGGACUCGCUGCCAAGCCUGAAGAGCUUGCAAGCAGCCCUCCUUAACGACGAGGAAGCCGAAGAGGAGAUGCUCUCUGUGAUGACUCACCUACUGGUAUGCGCAAUCGAAGACCCGGGAAUCCCGCAACCGGCUCGUCACACCACAGGUCUGGGGCAGAGCUUGCGACAGGCCGACAUCACACACGCCAACAUCAGCGAGGUCCUGCGCAUCUAUCUGUACGCCAACGCCACAGGUGAAGUUAAGGCCCUGACCGGAGUGUGUCUCGAAAGAGAACGCGACAAACGCUUCGCGGACCAUCACCAGAACGGCGGCGACAACGCGCUUAACUGCUCUAGCAAGAACGCCCAGUUCUACGAGCACUUGCACAACAACGAGACCUGGCGCAUGUCCGAGCGACUGCGCGACAAACCCUUCCUAGCGCUCAACCCUACGCACAAGGCCCAGAUGCUUGCGUUCCUCUGCAACGAGCUACUGCAGAACAAAGCUGUGCUCAGACAGAUCGAGCAGAGUCUCGAAAACGUCGCGCAGCUGAAGAAGGAGAGAUUCCUGCUGGACACAAAAAUCCGAAAACUCAGGCAGCUGCACAGUAGAAAAGUUCGAAUGGAGGCCGUAGGAGUGAUAGUUAACAAGACUGGAGAAAAUGUUACGGUUGAGAAGAAGGAGGUGGACGGGGAGGAGAAUACCAAUUCCAGUGCUGUGGGCACGACGCCGACACCCGAAGAUCCACACGAUCAUCACCAUCAUCAUCAUGAGGAGGAAACUCACGAAGAUGAUCAUGAGAUGUCGGAGAACGAGAGCGAGGGUACCCAGCCUGAAGAGGAGGAAGACAAAAAUUUGUCAGGCGAAGAGCUCGGCAAGAAACUGGACAAACUCCUGAAGCAGUCCGAAGAGCAGUUGCAAAAGUUGAACGGCUCAUCGAAGGAGCUACGCGCUCACAUAUUCGGCCAGGACAGAUACUGGAGAAGGUACUGGGAACUACCAUGUGCUGGCGGCAUCUACGUAGAGGCAAUGGAGAGUGCCGAACCGGAGGUGCUUAGCAUACAGGCCGAGCUUGAUGAAAAGUACAAAGACAUGCCCGUCGAGGAGAAGACCGAGACUAAACCCGAGGUCAAAGAGGAGGAAGACAAAACGGGCACUGAGAAUCGAGAAAAUGAGACUCCGAACGAGUUGAAAGAAGACAAGAAGGUGAACGCGCACAACGAAGAUGUGGAGAUGAAGGAGGUCGAAGAGAAGGAAAAAGAGAAAAAGAAGAAAAAGAGCGAGGAUGGCGAGGAACAGGUUACGAGUAACGAUAAGAAAGAAGUAAAUCAUUGUAAUCCGGAGGAUUCGAAGAAUUCGAUUGCCGAAGUUAAAAACGAAGUUGACAGUGAGGCGAAGAAUAAUUCUAAGGUGGAAGAGGCAAAACAGGAGGCCGAAGUUACUAAGAUGGAAGUGGAUAUCAAGACUGAGGAGAAUAAGAAAGAGGAAAACGGCACUGACGAAGAGAUUAUUAAGCCUGCGAUCAAAAUGGAAGACAAAAUUGUCGAGACAAUAGUCAAUGGCGAUAAGUUUAAUCAUGUUAAUAAUUUGCACAACGGUAAGGAUUUGAACGGCAGCUAUCUUUCAGAAAUUACCUGUACUGAGACAAACUGGUUUUCGAUCCUUCCUCGAGAAACUUGUGACACAUCUGGUCCCAGUACAAAGCAAAUUUUCGGAAUUGCGGACUCUACAGAACUGAAAAUCCCAAUAUUCCCACCGCCGGCUAGUCCAAAUUACGAGCGGUGUGACAGUCCAGCGCCACUUAUUCUCACUCAGGACGAAGCUACUCAACUAGAAUAUCUCAAAAUUCACGGUCUACCGCCACCCGGUGAAGCUAAACCGGUUCCAAAAGACUUACGGCACGGCUGGUGGAGGAUAAAAGACGUUGACACCUUCCAAGAACUUCUGGAGCACCUACACUCGCGCGGCGUUCGAGAAAAGGAGCUGAAACGUACGACCUGGGCGAUCAUGGAAUCCUUCCUCGCGGUAACGGGCAAGAUUCACGUGGACCCUGGUAACGUAACAGCCACCGAUAUGUCGGACGGUGAGGACGAUGCAGCCCCAGUUUCUAUUCCCAAGUCGGACGACCCUGAAGAAUGGAGUGAGCAGGUCGCUGCUCGAGUAGAUGCUCAGCUCUUGGAGCAGGUCGAGGCUCUCGAGGACAAGGUUGCCAACGCCAGUAUGCAAGUUAAAGGUUGGAAACUGCCACCGAGAGCCGGCACCGAAGAAGCCGAAGAACUGGAGAAGCUUCACGAAAUGGAGCAAGUCAGUGCGGUUGAGCAGGCGCGUCAGAGGUUACUGUCUCUUGAGGCGGCUAUCGAGAGGAGAUAUCUCAAACCGCCACUCGGUGUUUGUACGGGUGAUCCGAAUCUAGCAGCUCUAAAAGCAGAGCAAGCAGCCGCUGCUGCAAACACUAGCGCAAACUCAUCGACUGAUGGAGGCUCGAGUGGAGGUCCACCCGAGGAAACGACUCCACGAGGUCUCAAUAACUGGCGUGAGGCCACCGCCAGGGCUCACACUUCUGCUCAGCUCGCUAUGGCGUUGUACAUGCUUGAGGCCAGCAUCGCUUGGGACAAGAGCAUCAUGAAGGCUGUGAGUCUAAAGAAUCCAGCUAGAAAGUCGGUCUGCGUCAAGCUACGAAAUCGCAGCGUCUCACUCAAAUCUGCUACUCAAAACAAACAGCUAAUGUCUUCUACUCAGGCCUCUAACUGCCAAUUUUGUCACAGUGGCGACAACGAGGAUAAGCUGCUGCUCUGUGACGGCUGUGAUCGCGGCUAUCAUACUUAUUGUUUCCGUCCAAAAAUGGAAAACAUUCCCGAUGGUGAUUGGUACUGCCACGAAUGUAUGAAUAAGGCAACAGGAGAGAGAAACUGUUUAGUCUGUGGUAAACGAGUUGGUAAAAACUUGGUUCUAUGCGAGCUCUGUCCCAGAGCUUAUCACACUGACUGCCAUAAUCCUGUAAUGCCAAAGAUGCCCAGAGGGAAGUGGUACUGCUCAAAUUGUCACAGUAAACAACCAAAGAAGAGAAAUAGCAGCCGAAGGAGUCACAAAGGAGAGAAGGGAGAAAAAGGAGAGAAGGGUGAGAAGGGAGAAAAAGAAGAAAAAGCAGAAGAAGGAAAGGAGAAGAAAGAAAAAGGAGGAAAAGGAGAUAAAGGAGAAAAAGGAGAAAAAGGAGGCGUCACUCGAGACAGUGAAUGUUCUGAUCAUCCACCAGCUAGUCCAACGCCGUCGACAACCUCGAACACACAUGUAGAGGAUGUCAGUUCGUCGGAACCGCCGACACCUACUGCCUCGCCGAGGAAAGAAGGAAAUGCUGGUAAAACACUUACGAAGAAACAGCAGCGGGAGCUCGCGCCCUGUAAAAUUCUCCUCGAACAAUUAGAACAGCAAGAUGAAGCAUGGCCCUUCCUUUUGCCCGUCAACACCAAACAAUUUCCGACGUACAAGAAAAUCAUAAAAACCCCCAUGGAUCUCAGUACAAUCAAGAAGAAGUUGCAGGAUUGUGUAUAUAAAUCUCGAGACGAUUUUUGCGCCGACGUUAGGCAAAUGUUUAUAAAUUGCGAAGUCUUCAAUGAAGACGACAGUCCUGUGGGCAAAGCUGGCCAUGGGAUGCGCAACUUCUUCGAGACGCGCUGGACUGAAAUAACAGGAGCUCCUCCGCCGCCUCAUCCACAGGCGCAUAGCUGAGGAUCGGCUCGAGUCCGUAGUGGCUGCAAUAGUUUUGCACAUUUUUACUAUUAAGUGAAUAAAUGAAAUAUGGCUACGUUUGUAAAAAAAGGAGGCCGAUAGUAGACAUGACGACCGUAGCGUAAUCCUCGCGUUGAUCGCGUUCUAGCGAUCCCACAUUCAUCCUUCGUUUGCCAAUCGAAAGCACACAAUACGCAGUCUUCAUUCAUUUUCAACUUCGAUCCGGCCUAAUAUUCUCGACACUCGUUUGAUUUUGCCACAGUUAGUCGGUAUUUGUUGCUUUUUUAAUCGAUAAGUAUUUCCUAAAUACUCACCAGCUUUCAUCCAAUGCAUUCUACAAACAAUGUUUCCUCUUUGCGGUAUUUAAAAUAAAGUUUCUUGAAUUUUAGUUUUGUUCAAUUGUUAGAUAUGAAUCACUUUUAUAAGAGACAAAAACUUCUUAUACUUUCAAAUAACGACCCAAAGAAACUGUUGUAGCACAGAGUUUUCAACGUUUUCUUUUUGAAUUAUCGGCAGGCGCCACGUUCUAAUUUAACUUUUUUUUUUAAGACACAUAGUCUUGAACGAAUCGUAAUAAGAAUCGGUCAAUGUACUUAUACGAAAACAGUUUUGCCUAAGCGAAUCCAAAACGAUUCGCGAUAUUGUAUUAUAUAGGCUUAAUAUAACAGAGUCAUUGGCGAAAGAGAUAUUUUGCAAAGUAACGAAUGUGAGAUAAAAAGAGAUAGAGAUAUAUUAUAUAUAAAAGGUAUAUACAAAUGAAUAAAUAAUUAUUAUAUAUAAAAUGUAAAGAUAUGCAUUCAAACGCUAUACAUACACAAUAUACGUAUAAACAUUAUUCAGACGAAGCAAACAGAUCGUAUCUGAAUCGAAAUAGCAAUUUUGAAGCAAAUUAAAUGCCAUUCCAGAAUUUCGUUCGUGUACCUUUCCAUUUGCACGUUCGAACAGUCCUGCGACGAAGCUCGGAAUCAGACCGGGUGUACAUAGUGAAAGUAACGAAAAGCCAGAGGUUUUAUAAAGCAAGAAAGGGCAAGAAAGAAUGAUUCGAGUUAUCAUUAAUUAUCAGUAUUUUAAGAUUUUAAUUAAAUAAAGUUGCACUCUGCGUAAUGUGGAAAUGAAAAAGAAAAAGAGGUGUGCCCUUUGCAAACAAGAGUUUGAUGAUUAAUGUGGAACUUAAGAGUUCGAACUGUAUAUAAGUAUGACAAAAACAACCAACAACGCGAGUCGUUUUACGAAGCUUAUAUAAUGAUAAUAAUGAUUACAGCUGUGAAUGAGUUUGAAAUAGAAACUUCGAUAAUAUGGUACUUUUUAAUACGAGAAAUAUAAAAAGAUGGUAAAUGCGCAAUUAGUAAAUGCGAUGCUCUGCUUUUCAAUGUGUAGUGUACAGUUUUAUAAAGAGUUUUUUAAAUCCGGUCUGAGCUCGCCGUUUGUCAUUAAGGUUCUUAAAAGAAGUGGCAUUAUGAAUGUUCUAUUUGCGGUGCGAAUUCCCUGAUCGCAUUUUAGAUUUCAUUGUAUAGACUUUCUCCUGUAAUGCAUAUGUCGAUAUAGGAUAAGCUAAAAAAAAGAUCGUAUACAUUUCGUGUGUGAUUCACAGUUUUGCAUAAAAGAAGGAAUUGUCCUACAUUUCAUUGCUCGUUUAUUAUCUUUUAUGUAGCUUGACUUUCAAUUACCAUAACAAAAUCGGAGGUUUUUUCUUUUAAAUUUUCAUCUUGUCUCUAUUCCAUAUCAAUAGAUUUGUAUGGCAAAGAACAAAAAAUUUUUAUUAAAAGCAUUCAUUUGUCGAGAUGUUUGAAAUUAUAAUUUUGAUGAACAAUGAGAAGUAAAUUUAAGUUCGUUUUUUAAUUAAUUCAAACUCGUAUGUGAUUUGUAAACUUUGUAAAGUUUUUACUAAUGCAACUUAGUGUUGACUUGCGGUUCUAAAGAGAUGUGUUUCGUGAGUGGAUGCAUUGCAUUAUGAGUGCGAUAAUUAAAAUCGUUGAAACAAAUUGUUUUGUAUGUAAUUGAUGUACAUGAUUUUCAAUUUAACUUGUAAUAAUGACAUGUAUAACAACGCUCGUAGGUAAUAUAAAAGAUAUUUGCACUCGUAAAAAAAUAUUCAGCCGUCAAAAAAAAAUGACAGGUGACAAAAAUAAAAUGAAGAAAGGUGUUCGUUUUCUUGACUGUAAAGUCAACGGAUUAUUAAUUUAAUUUUGCAAAUAAAUAUAGUAUAGCAAUAAUUUUGAUAUGCAUUGAGUAAACUACUUUUUUAUAAUUGCGAGUGAAUAUUUGGUUGAUAGAGCAAACAGUAGACUUAAUUAAUUUCUCUUUUACGUAAGUUAUUUAUUUCUCUAUUUUGUAAAAAAAAAAAAAAAAAAAAAAAAUAGUAAUAAAAUUUGUUAGUGGCAGUGAGCAGUAUUGCGUUGAUUCAGAAUUUCAAAAUGUAAACUUUUGUCUGUGAGAUACGAAUGACACACUAUAGGGGUACUGUAAAGUAAAUGUCACGUACCAACAAUAAGAGACGAAAAUAAUUUUUUAAGGAUUCAACUCUUAUUUGAAAAAACUAGCUCAGCUAUUAAUCGUUGUUUCACGAAUGACGACGCUUUUUAUACGAAUUUUAAUUUUUAAUGCGAUCUUAUGAUACAUUAUAUAGUGUAAUAUUAAUAAUUAUAGCGAAGUCGACCGUAUCAAUCCUCGAUAACGAAAUAAAAAUAAAAGUAAAGUAACGAAACGAAAUGCGCGGGCGAAGAAGCGAAGAAUUUAGAGGUAUUAUGAUUGUCUAUAGUUUAAACGAUGGCUUACUUUAGGUAGCCUAUCAUUGCUAUUUAAACAGACUUAAUUAAUGUAUUGCAAAUGAAUUAAUAAAGUGUAAGCGAAGCGUGUAAACGAA